AUGGCGGCACCUCAAGAGCAGAAGACCAUGACUGGUGUUGACACCCUUGAUAACGAGAAGCAGAAUGCGGCUCAUGAGGAGUUUUCGGCUGAGAUUCUUGAUAAGAAGGGUAAUGGCGAUUACUCUGGUGCUACAGCGAAGAGUGACCCUGAGGAGAUCAAGUUGGUGAAGAAGCUGGAUCGUUGGAUCAUGCCCACCCUUUGGGUCAUGUACUGGCUCAACUACCUCGAUCGUAAUGCCAUCACCCUCGCCCGUCUGAACGGCUUUGAGGAAGACCUUGGACUCGAAGGCUCACAGUACAGCACCUGUGUAUCUAUCCUCUUCGUCGGAUACAUCCUGGGCCAGAUCCCCAGUAACAUGAUCAUCACCCGUGUCCGGCCAUCGUGGUACAUGGGCGGUUUCAUGAUGGCCUGGGCUGUCGUCAGUUCUCUCACAGCCGUGGCCCACAACUACACCGGCGCCAUCCUCACGCGAUUCUUCCUCGGUGUCGUCGAGGCUCCUUACUACCCCGGUGCUCUAUACAUGCUAUCGACAUUCUACACCAGAAAGGAACUAGCUACACGAAUCAGCAUCCUCUACUCCGGCAAUGUCCUUGCGUCCGCAUUUGCAGGCCUCAUCGCCGCCGGUGUCUUUGAAGGCAUGGAUGGCUUGGCAGGUAUCAAGGGCUGGAGAUGGCUCUUCAUCCUGCAAGGCGCUGUCACUUUCCUCGUCGCCAUCGUGGCUUGCUUCACACUCCCCGACACGCCGUUGACUACCCGAUGGCUCACCCCUGAGCAGCGCCAACUCGCCCACGACCGCGUUCUUCGAGACACAGUCGGCGAAAAGGGCAACGGAAACCCCUGGAGCGGACUCCGCGAGGCACUUGUUGACCCUCGAGUCUGGGUGUUUAUCAUCCUGCAGCAUCUACACCUGGCCACCAAUGGUUUCAAGAACUUCUUCCCUACCAUCGUCAACACACUCGGCUUCAACACCACUAUCACCCUGGUUUUGACCUGUCCUCCAUUCCUGAUCGCCGGGGCCCUCUCCAUUCUUUGGGCCAAAUCUUCGGGACACUUCAACGAAAGCACUUGGCAUAUUACCAUCUCCAAGAUCGUGGCAACCUUUGGUUUUGUCCUCGCCUGCUCGACCAUGAACGUCGGUGCUAGAUACUUCGCCAUGUGUAUGUUCACCAUCGGCACUUACGGCGUCAACUCCAUUCUUCUGGCCUGGGUAGGCAACACUUGCGGUCAGACGACUGAGAAAAAAGCGUCGGCUUUGGCACUCGCAAACGUGAGCGCGACUUUGAGUCUCAUCUGGACCCCUUAUCUAUGGCCCAAGUCUGAUGCGCCUCGAUAUGUUCUGCCGCUUUCGAGCAGUGCCGCCUUUGCUGUCGCUUGUAUUGCUGGAGUUUGGCUUAUGCGGUGGAUGUUGAUUAGAGCGAACAGGAAGAUCAGACAGAGUGAUUCCGAAGCUACUCUAUUCUACGCCUACUAG